AAUACUUAAGUGGAAAGUGAACUUUUCUGUAAAGAAGCAAGGUCCCGAUUUCUUGAGUAUUGCAAGCAAGAGAUCAGAGGUUUUUUUGGAAGUUUUCCUGGAGGAGAAACAAAGUCAAGAAAGAACACUUCCGAGGAUAAAGCAAAAGCUAUUGGCAAUACGCUUUCACUACCUCAGCGGAGGGCGCCUUUCAGUUUCAGCCCGUGCUAAUAGAUCUUCCCGUAAAACAAAGCCAAGACGUAAAUGAAAAAGUGGCAUAGGUGUGGCAUCUUUCGGGAUGCGGCUCAAAUUUAAACUCCGCUUGUCCACAGCAGCAGUCCCGGACCGGAGCACGGGAAGGUCUGGAAGAAACCACCAAUCAGUCAGAUCUUCCAGCAGGAAGGUCAGCACUGAGGUUGGAACCGAACCCGCAGCGCCGGAGAGAACGCUUUGGGGGUGAAGCCAGCUGGGCUCCCGGGCCUUGCACGGUCAGGGGGCGCCUCCGUGUCAGGUGCUCUUCAGUGUGGCCACCCACUCCAGGGAAGCCGGGAGGGGAUUCAGUUGGGGUCAGGCUCGCUGGAAGCUGUCAGCUCUCUUUAGGACCUCAGGGAAACCCGAGAGUUUCUGGCGUUAGGACCCAGGAACUCCGAGGCAGCUUUGACUGAGAUGCCUUGGACCACAGCACCACCUACUUAUAGAAGCAUCCCGAGCCUCAGCUGAGCAGCAUCUCCGUCGGAAAGUGCGCUCGCCACAUCCUUUCGGCCUCGCGUGAGAGUUCUGUCUCCCACAACUAGAAAAGGGAGAAACCUUAGCUGUGAAGUAGCUGUGGAGAGGGCUCAGGACAUCGCCCAAUAGGCUAGGGACCCAGAGAGUGAGAGCGGGCGUGCCCCUCGCCGGAGGCUCGCACUCCCGGGCGGGGACGCAGCAUCCUAGAGGCUGCGGACGCGCCAGCCUCGCCGCUCUCCUGCCAGGCGCCGCCAGUCCAGAGGACCCUCGGUGCACUUCGAACCCGCGGCGGCCGCCGUAACCCCGAGCUGCCACGCGCUCCCGGUUCAAGGCGGAAAGGUGCUGACGGUGCCGAAUUGAGCAGUGCGGCCCCGGGGCUAGUGGCGACUCUGCGUCUUCUCCAGCAGCGAGGUCUGCGCCGGCUCCUCCGAUGAGCCCUCCAGUUCCCCGACUUUGAGAGGCAUCUCUCACCCGUCCGACCGCCCAGAUGCAGUUUCGCCUCUUCUCCUUUGCCCUCAUCAUCCUGAACUGUAUGGAUUACAGCCACUGCCAAGGCAACCGAUGGAGACGCAGUAAACGAGCUAGUUAUGUAUCCAAUCCCAUUUGCAAAGGUUGCUUGUCUUGUUCAAAGGACAAUGGGUGCAGCCGAUGUCAACAGAAGCUGUUCUUCUUUCUUCGAAGAGAAGGCAUGCGCCAGUAUGGAGAGUGCCUGCACUCCUGCCCGUCAGGCUACUACGGACACCGAGCCCCAGAUAUGAACAGAUGUGCCAGAUGCAGAAUAGAAAACUGUGAUUCUUGCUUUAGCAAAGACUUUUGUACCAAGUGCAAAGUAGGCUUUUAUUUGCAUAGAGGCCGUUGCUUUGAUGAAUGUCCAGAUGGUUUUGCACCAUUAGAUGAAACCAUGGAAUGUGUGGAAGGAUGUGAAGUUGGUCAUUGGAGUGAAUGGGGAACUUGUAGCAGAAAUAAUCGCACAUGUGGAUUUAAAUGGGGUCUGGAAACCCGAACACGGCAAAUUGUUAAAAAACCAGCAAAAGACACGAUACCAUGUCCAACCAUUGCUGAAUCCAGGAGAUGUAAGAUGGCCAUGAGGCACUGCCCAGGAGGGAAGAGAGCACCAAAGCCCAAGGAGAGGAAGAACAAGAAGAAGAAGAGAAAGCUGAUAGACAGAGCCCAGGAGCAACACAGUGUCUUCCUAGCCACCGACAGGGCUAACCAGUAAAAUCAGACACCUAGGGUGGAUUUGGGGGGUUUUUGUUUUUGCAAACGUGCACAAAGCUACUCUCCACUCCCGGACACUGGUGUGCGGUAUUUGUGCUGCUCUGACCAGUAUCUGUUCCCAGUAACAUUGUGAAAGGAGGAACCACGAGUGUGGUCUCUGUUAUUUAUGCUUUGAUUUGCAUCUGGAGACUGUGAAGCGGGGAGCUUUAUGACCUGAAUCAAUGGAAGCAGGAGUUAGUGUACAGCAUGGGACUUGGCUGGUAUGUGCCAAGAGAUCCUGGCACCACCACGGAGAGGCAAGAGGUGUGAGGCUGCAGACCACCAUUGGAGAAGGGACGUGUGCAUAUUUAUGGGAAAGAAGAUGCUCGGCAGGCAAAGUGCUAUUUCACUUGUGCCCUGUAUUUCUCACAUUGUGCACUGUCAAGGAUAAAUGUAUGUGGUUAUCUGCUUAGUGUUACCACAUGUUGUUCUCAGCAUCUGUUACCUUCAAACUGUUGUGUGAUGAAACUGCUUUUAGCUGGGGCUAUUCUACAGGAAUUCCUGCUCAGUUUCACAGCGGCUCAACUAUGUACAUAUUCUGCUGGGGCUACGUAUAAACCUCUUACUUCCUGUAUAUUUAUGCUCUCUUCUGUGUAACAAGUCAUACCUGAUUAAUAUGAUGUCACUUUGUUUUUAGUGGUUCCUAACCAUUGUCCGGUAAAUGACUGUUCUAGUUUUGCGAAUUGACAAAUGUUUUGUUGCCCCCUUAGAACUUUACUUUUCUUUGUGGGCUUGUUUCUCAUUGUAACGAUAGGAUAAGCUAGUUUGUACAUAGGGUCAAAUGACCGGUGUCAAAGACUUUGAAUAUCGGUAGACCUUCCCCGUGCCAUGUCUCCUCACACAGAUAAAGCAGCAUGUGGCGUCUGGCAGUCAGAAGCCCCAACUCCCUUUGAGUCUAAGAUGUGACGGCUUUAGGAAACACAACUGAAAACACAUGAGGAAGGAUACGCAGCCACUUGUAGUGCUCAUCAUGCGAUUUCACAGGCCAGCUAGAGAAGUUUUCAGGCUUUCACUUCAAACUUCAGUAUACGUCUAUGGACUAUUGAAAGCAGUCCCCGAGUGACAAUGACAGGUACCUACCCGUAUUCUUGGGUAAGGGCAGAAGUUACAUGAGACCAUGCAUAGAAUUUGAGACAACAGGAUGAAUUCCUACAACUGCUGGUGAGGUCUCCUUCAUGUCCGAGACAGAGAGGAACACU